CAGGGCUAGACCCUACACCUGCCAGAGACGGCUAUGACGGUUGAAUUGCCCCACCGCUGGUCUGCCCGACCCGCGUGGCGCCGAACCUCAAGGCGGGUUCCUGCAGUGUGCGCUCGAAAGCGAUGUUGUCACAUGCCUGCGCGCAUCUGCGAGCCGGACUGACCGGAAACUAUAACAGUGCAGUCUUGUGCUGCUUCACGCCUAACAGCGAUCGAGCGUUUCGAGGACCAACAUGUUCGGAGGCAUGCCGCCCGACGAUAACCACUAUAAAGACCACCAUAAUGUACAUCCCAAAGUCCACACACAGUUACAAAGUAUUGCUCGGUUUUAGCACGUUACAAGAUGCGUCUUACCGCUACACUCGUUGCCGGGCUCCUAGCUGAUGUCAGCUCAGCCCGAGCCGUCGAGCAGCGCGCAACUGCUAACAAGCCAGUGUUCGCGCAUUAUAUGAUUGGCGAGAUCACAAACGCGCAUACUCGUCAGGACAUCAUCGAUGCGAAGGCGCUUGGAUUCGAUGCGUUCGCCAUGAACUUUGACCAGUUCGCAUACUGGUCGAACAACACUGUGGAUCGUCUCUUCAACAAUGCCGACGAACUGGGCUUCGGCCUCUUCUUCUCUUUCGAUCAUGCAGCCAAGCACCUCACAGACCCGGGUCAGUACGCAGACUACCUCAAAAGCUACAUCACGAGGAAGUCCUAUUUCAAAUUCAACAACAAGCCAGUCGUUUCCACCUUCGGAGGCGAGGACGUGUAUACGUGGUCAGCGUUCAAGAAGACUGUAGGCGAUGUACUUGUCAUCCCUGGGUACUACCAGAUCGACCCUAGUACCACGUUUACCGCGCACCAAAACAUCGAUGGGGUCUUCAACUGGAACUCUUGGCCCCAGACUAGCGCUGGAAAAGUUGUGGUGUCUACGAACGACGACAAGAUCUUCCAGUCCAAAGCUAAGGCUGCGUCGAAGCUCUUCAUGAUGGGCAUCUCGCCUAUCCAGUUCAAGCACCUCGACAGCGGCAACAACUGGUACCGUCGUGGAGAGGACAACCUUGAAUACCGAUUCGGUCAAGCAUUGGACUUGCAGCCGGACAUGCUCCAGUUCCAGACCUGGAACGAUGCUGGCGAAAGCCACUAUAUGGGGAAUCUCUGGGACGAGCCGAUGACAACUUCCACCGCUAUCCAAGCUCAGGUGAAAGAUCGUGACCACAAAGGCUACUGGCAGAUACUUCCAGCGUUCAUUCAAGCGUGGAAGCGCGGAGACAAGACAACCGCGAACAUGGUGCCCACAAACGGCAAGCCCAUCCAGGGUGCGUUCUGGCAUCACACGCUUACUUUGGGCGCCAACUGUGGCUCUGACCCCCUCGGCAAGUCCGCUGACAUUCAGAAGGCUGCCGAGGACGCCGUCAGUGGGAUUGUCCUUGUGGCAAAGGGCAAGACGAACCUCGUCGCUGUAGUCAACGUUGGCACAAAGGAGCUCGGCAAGCAGACUCUGGUUGAGGGCUACAAUAAGGUCAAAUUUACUGGCUUGACACCUGGAAAAGUACAGCUUGAGGUUUGGGACGGAAGCACCAUGAUUGGUGGAGGCUACGGAAAGCUCGAGGUAAGAUGUCGUUAUUUUUCUUGCCAAUGCUAACACAAUGCAGGUCACGAACUCGGCUUCAUUUUGCAACUACAACUUCCAGGUUGUUGGUCUGCCUAGCUAGAUUCAGGUGUUGUGGACGGUAUGGUACGCAGAUGCU